CCCAUUCUCAUGCCUCCUGCAGGAGAAUCGUGGUCGUCCGCCUUCAGGGUGAUCCACCCCCGGUCGGACGGCGGGGCCAAACCUGUCGCGAACACGUCUCCGGCCGCUGGCGGACUCAUCGAAGCCUCAGCCGCGAGUCAAGCCACGCCCUCACACGUCGGGGUCCAGAGUCUGCUGGCGGACGGCCUGCACGUGAACUCGGCUUUCUCUCGGGUCCUGCAGCCUGCUCCUCAGCCCGUCCCGCAUUCCCAGCCUUCUAAUCCACCUCUUUCUCGACUCCAGCCUUUGCGAGGGCCUCUUCCUCCUCCUCCGGCCGCCAAGACGAACAAGAGGCCCAGAUGUGUUGAUAAGAAGAAUGAGUGCCAAGAGGACGUCAGCGGGGUAGUGUCCACGACCUCAGGCAGAGGAGGACCUGCACCCGAAGUAGGCAUCGACGGAGUGGGCGGCGAGAAGGCCCCCAAGCGCGCCCGCCGUCGCCUGGAGGACCACGCCGCCCGGAUGCAGCAGCACUUCCUCUCCCUCGUCGACGCCAUUAGCAGCCACUCCCUCGAACCUCCGGAGACGAAGGGCGCCGGCAGAGGUUCUUCGUCGAAGGCCCGUUUUAAGGAGGAGGUUGUCGGCGGGAGCAGUUCGACCCAGAAGGCUGUUAGGAAACCGAGGUUGAGAGCAAGUCAACUCAGAAAGCGAGAUUGAGAGCAAGCCAUUAAAAAAAAUAGGUUGAAAGCAAGCCAACUCAGAAAGCGAGACUGAGAGCAAGCCGGUAAAGAAACUGAGGUUGAAAGCAAGCCAAUAAAGAAACAGGUUGAGAGCAGGCCAACUCAGAAAGCGGGAUUGAGAGCUAAUAUAGAAGAGGUGAUUAAUGAGAUUGAGAGAACGAGACUGAGGCCAAGCUAGCUGAGAUAAGAAUAUUUUAUUUCGAAAAAAAAGAAAUACACUCAUCGGAGAGAGAAAAAAAGUUUCUUUUGGACAUUGUGAUGAAAUGUUAUGAAGCUCAGUUCUGCAUAACUAUGUUAUCUGUUUUCCCCAGACUUUUUUUUUGGAUUUGUCUGGUACUUGUUAUGCUUUAAUAUUUUUUUAC